AUAGGUCAUGUCAGUAUUCAGGUUGUCCUCUUACAGGACAAGGCAGUGCAUUCUAAGCUUGUUGGAGAAUUUGCAAAGCUGAUGGCAGAGGAAGGAUGGAAGAUUGCCUCUAACAGUAACCUUCAACCGACGGUGUCCAUGGCUGGCGGGGGGAUACAGCUGGGAAAUACUGGAGGAAAAAGGAACUACAUCACAAGCUCGGAGGGAGCUGUCAAUCAAAUGACUGUGUCCCCUGACGGACUGUCUCCUAGAGCCAAGAAUCUGUAUGACAAGGUCAAGGACUUCAUACAGAAGGAGAUUAAGCCUGCAGAGAGCGAGGUGAUGGAAUUCUACAGACAGGAACAAAACUGCUGGAAGGUCUGCCCAACAGUCAACAGGUUGAAGGAAAAGGCCAAAACUGCAGGAUUGUGGAAUUUAUUUCUCCCAAAAGAGGCUGACCCUGAGAUGAAGUUGGGUGCAGGUCUUACAAAUCUAGAGUAUGCCUUCAUGUGUGAAGAGAUGGGCAAAGUUCCUCUUUCAUCAGAGAUUUUUAACUGUCAGGCUCCAGACACAGGAAACAUGGAGGUUCUGGUGAGGUAUGGUUCAGAGCAACAGAAACAUAAGUGGUUAACUCCCCUGCUCAACGGAGAAAUGAAGUCAUGCUUUGGCAUGACAGAGCCCAAGGUAGCCUCUUCAGAUGCCACAAACAUUGAAUCUUCCAUCACCAGGGAAAGGGAUCAUUACGUCAUCAAUGGACACAAAUGGUGGACUUCAGCUGCCUUACACCCUAACUGCAAAAUCUGUGUAUUCAUGGGGAAAACCGACAAAUCGGCUGCCACACACAGACAACAGAGUAUGAUCCUCGUUCCAAUGGAUGCCCCAGGGGUCAAGAUUGUCAGACCCCUCACUGUUUUUGGUUAUCUAGACAACCCAGCUGGGCAUGCAGAGGUGAUCUUUGAGAAUGUGAAGGUUCCGUUGGACAACAUGUUGUUGGGUGAGGGGCGUGGCUUUGAAAUUGCUCAAGGUCGCUUGGGUCCAGGCAGAAUUCAUCACUGUAUGAGACUUAUUGGCAAUGCUGAACGAGCCAUGGAACUGAUGCUGGAAAGAACUCAGAAUAGAGUUGCUUUUGGGAAGCCCUUGGCUGCACAGGGCACAAUUCAACAGGAUGUAGCGAAAUCCCGAGUGGAGAUAGAACAGACUCGUCUACUGGUGCUCAAAGCUGCUCACAUGAUGGAUAACUACGGCAACAAGGUGGCAGCCCCUGAAAUAUCCAUGAUUAAGGUUGCUGCUCCAAACAUGGCUCUGAGAGUGAUUGAUCGUGCAAUACAGGCUCAUGGAGGAGGUGGUGUGAGCAAUGAUUUCAUCCUUGCCAAAAUGUUUGCUGGGGUCAGAACUCUGCGACUUGCAGAUGGUCCAGAUGAAGUUCAUCUACGAAGUAUCUCUCGUCAGGAGUACAGAAAAUAUAAUUUAUCGAAACUAUGACAGCCUCUUGGUGGUGCAGGUGUUUCAUUGGACUUCUAUUUAGCCAAUUUGUAAGCAAAGGUUCGUGUCAUGCUUGGUUGAUGGACCAGAUAAAGUUUGUCUAUGAGACGAGACCAAACUGUAAAUUAAUUGUUGUUAAUGUGACGGAUGAUAUUUUUCUGUGAUAAAUAAACGCCAUAAACAGCACAGUACAUUAGUAAUUACCCAUUGAUAGCAAUUGAAAUGAUGUUAUAUAUAUGCGCUGUAUCUGUUGUGAAAGAUUUUGAUACAAAGAAUAAAAAAAAUUACUUUU